AUGGCGGCCGUCGAGAGAGCCAGGAUUCAAGGCGAGCAAGAGUACGGAACCACUAUUUUCUGGAUCGUUGAUGCUGUUCGACAAUUUGGACUGGAAGAUGCGGCGGUCGUUCUCAGCAAGGCCGUAAAACUAAAAGAGACCAUGCCUUCCAUUGUUGGGAUUGGCAUUGGCGGUAACGAGGAAGCUGGACCUGUUGCCGACUUUGCGGAAUUCUUUGCGAGAGCCAAAAAGGCCGGUCUACGAGUCACGGCCCAUGCCGGUGAGGCUGUCCCAGCCUUUUCAAUCUGGGACGCGCUCUCUGCGGGGGCUGAACGCAUUGGUCACGGGCUGACGGCUGUAUCUGACCCUGAGCUGGUCAAAGUGCUCAAGCAACGACAAACUCCUCUGGAGCUGUGCGUGACAAGCAACGUCUGCACUGGUGGCAUUCCAUCUCCUCGAGAUCACCCGGUUCGAACCUAUUUUGACAACGGCCUCAUGAUCUCCCUUAACACUGAUGAUCCACCUAUGUUUCGAACGACGCUCCUGAACGAGUACGAGUUAGUGCAGAAGGAAUUCGGCUUCUCUGAUGAGGACAUGGUCAAGCUCGCAAGAAAUUCCGUCCAGUCGAGCUUUUUAACCGAGACGAGGAAGCGGAACUUGCUUCAUGAGCUCGACAACUUCUUGUCGAGCAAGACAUAG